AUGUUUUCCCGCGCUUCUUCUACGUCGUUGCACCUUGUGUGUUUCACGACAACGAUGCAGACCGUAUUGGCGGCUGCUGAAGUUGACUUCACUCAAUAUGUUAAUGUUUUUAUGGGCUCCACUGGAGGAGGAAACCGGUUCCCUGGUGUCGCAGCUUCGCCAUUUGCGAUGGCGAAGCUUGGGCCGGAUGUUCAGUCGGGAUCCACGGACGCCUACUCUGGCUAUCUGGCCAGUGGCAACGUCUGGGGCUUCUCGAUGACCCACGAGUCCGGGACAGGCGGUGCACCCAAGUACGGCGUCGUUUCGCAGAUGCCAGUUGUUGGUAAUGUAUCGAAUCCAUUAGCGGACCUCUCGCAAAGUCGAGCGUCCGCCGAUGAAGGACAGAUUGGUUAUUACAAGACUAGUUUGAACAACGGUGUUACAGUUGAGCUCUCGGCAACCGAACAUGCUGGUUUGUAUCAGUAUACCUUUCCAAGUGGCAGCCCAUCUACGAUUGUCGUGGACGUGUCCCACGUGCUGCCAAGCUUCAGAGGUCUUGGAUGGGAACAACAUUAUACAGGAGGAAAUUUCAGCUCUUUCUCUGACGGCCAUUAUGAAGGUUCUGGUACUUACAACAAUGGUUGGAACCUCUCCCCGGAUUGGACUUUGUAUUUUUGUGGCAAGUUCAGCCAGGAGCCGACAAGCUCCAAGACUUUCACAGGAACGGGCACUACAUUGUCUUCAUACGACAGUACGGCUAUGGUCUCCGGCAGUGAACGGCUAGGCGGUAUCUUCACGUUCGAUGACGCCAACCUGGCUUCUAGGGUCGGAAUAUCCUUCAUUUCUUCAGAGAAGGCAUGUCAGAAUCUUGACAGUGAGAUCCAAGCGGAUACCACGUUACAGUCUCUCGUCACGAAAGCAAAGAGUGCUUGGAACAGCCAGAUUCUGUCGAAGAUUGAGGUGGAAGGCGGCAGCGAUGAAGACACGCAGCUUCUAUAUAGCUCAUUGCUCGGCAUGUUCAUGAUACCUUCGAACAAGACGGGAGAGAACCCUGAGUGGACAAGCAGCGAGCCGUACUACGACGACAUCUUUACACUAUGGGAUACCCAUAGAUGUCACACUGCAUUAUUCCAGAUUCUGGAGCCUGUUGCCUACGAAGAGUUCAUCCGCUCACUCAUUGAUAUUUGGAGGCAUGACGGCUUCAUGCCUGAUGCUCGCUCGUCCAACUAUAACGGACGUGUUCAAGGAGGGUCUAAUGCUGAUAACGUCCUCGCGGAUGCGUAUGUUAAAGGUGUAAGAGGCGCAGUGAACUGGGACGAUGGGUUUUCUGCCAUGCAAACCGACGCAGAGAAGACACCACCAAACAACAACGAUCCAAAGUCUCCCGAGUCGUCUACCAAGGAAGGUAGGGGCGCAUUGCCUGACUGGUUGAGAUAUGGCUACAUCACCCCGUCGUACAAUAGAGCCGUCUCUCGCGCAGUUGAAUAUUCGACCAACGAUUUUGGCCUUUAUCAAGUAGCCAAAGGCUUGGGAAGAAAUGAGGACGAAACGACAUAUCUCAACAGAUCACGUAACUGGCGUAACCACUGGAACCCCGCCGCCUCCUCGACCAAUCAUUCCGGGUUCGUGGUGCCUCGCCGCGCUGAUGGUACUUUUGUUACGCAAGAUCCUCUGUCUUGUGGUGGUUGCUACUGGGGCGAUGCAUACUACGAAGACAAUCCUUGGGUGUACAGUCUGAAUGCCAUCCACGACGUGUAUACGAUGAAGGAGUAUAUUGGUGGUGACGAAAAGUUCAUUGACCGUAUCGACAAGCUAUGGGACUUGAAUAUCUUCAAUGCAGGAAACGAGCCAAGCUUCACGUCCCCAUAUCUAUACAACUUCGUCAAGGGCGCUCAAUGGAGGACCGUAGAGAGAAGCCGUGGGAUUGGGAAGCUCUACAACUCAGGUGCAACUGGCCUGCCCGGCAACUCAGAUGCUGGCGCCAUGGAGGCUAAUCUUCUCUGGCAGAUGAUCGGUCUCUAUCCUAUGACAGGUCAAACAACGUUCCUAGUCCUGUCCCCGUGGUUUCCAAAGCUCACGAUUAACCUUGGCAACGGGAAAUCGCUCAAAAUCACAACGACGGGAGGAAACAAGGACACUGCGUUCUACGUGCAGAGCCUCAAAGUGAACGGAGAGUCAUGGAACAAAGCGUGGGUAAGCUGGGAAGAUGUGUUUGCAGACGGAGGUACGAUGGAUUUCGUGCUGGGGUCCAGCCCAGUAGACUGGGCGACUGGUGAACUGCCACCUAGUCCUGCAUCAGCUGAUAACGAUGGGUAA